AUGCACUGGCCCACUUCGUUGCCGCUGCUCUGCAGCACGCUGCUUCCAUUCGUCACGGGCACUGUCGCCCUGCCGAAGGCGCGAUCGGAUAAGCACUAUGCAAUCAUGGACAACGAUUGGUACACAGCCGGUUUUGUGCCGUACCUAGUUGCUCUUGAUGGAGAUGUGGAUAUUCUGGGCCUCGCUUCGGAUACUGCCAACUCCUGGCAGCCGCAGGUGGCGCUGCACGCCGUUGCCACUUUGGAAGCCGGGAAUCUUAGCUGCAUUCCCGUCUACCCCGGAGCCACUUGGCCCCUGAUCAACACCCCGGAGCGGUUCCAAGCAUGGGAGACCAUUCACGGCAAACUGCCGUGGGAGGGUGCAUUCGCCCCGGAGAACAAGACCAUGGAGGCUGAGGGCAACGAUCCCACAUCGGGCAACCCCGAUCGCAUUGUCAAGGCGGCCUUCAAGGAGGGAUUCCCCAAGGGCAAGCCGAAUAACUCAACCUCGGCCGCGAACUUCAUGGUCGAGAUGGUCCAUAAGUACCCCGGACAGGUGUCGAUCUACUCUGCGGGUGCCCUAACCAACAUUGCUCUGGCUGUCCGGAUGGAUCCUCAAUUCGCUUCCCUGGCCAAGGAUCUUGUGAUCAUGGGUGGAUAUGUCGAUCUCAACAUGCUUGAAGCGACCGGCAGCAUCAUGCUGGCUGACUAUCAAUCCGACAUUAACCUCAUGAUCGACCCCGAGGCGUCGAAGAUCGCCCUGACCGCGGAUUUCCCCGAAAUCACCAUUGCUGGUAACGUUGCCAACCAGGUAUUCCCCACCAAGGAGUUCGUCGACGAGGUUGCAUCCGUCAAGAACCCCUAUUCGGAGCUCUUCGCCAAGUACUAUGACCUGUCUUUUCCCUUCUGGGACGAGACCGCUGCCGCGCUUAUGGUCGAUGCCUCCCUGGCCACCAACCAGACCUCUGUGUACCUUGAUGUUGAUACUUCGUACGGAAGUCCCAACUAUGGAAACAUUCACGUUUAUCAAAAAGCUCUCGCCCCGGGGGUGAACUAUGUCUUUGAGGUUGAUGCCGACAAGCUGAAGCAGCGUAUCAAGCACGCGCUUCAGUAUCCCAAGACCUGUGCGGACCUGAAGAAAUAG